AUGAGCAGUUGUCCGAUUACAAGCAUCCCGGCCCUUCUUGAAACGUCGUGUUUAUAUAACCACACGAGCGAUUUCACAUGGCUAGCCCUCCAGCCGACAACAUGGCUCGAGGUUUCCUACAAUCUCUCGGUCAUCACCGCUUGCAUACCAAGCUUGAAGGGUGCUUUCGACAUUUGGCUUGGUAACACGAUGAGGUUAGACAUAGAUGCACCAUAUCAACUGAACCGUGUUGCUGGCAAGAUCGGACUCGAGGCCGCGGCAUACGAAGAUAAUCACAUUGCGACGGACGGCAUGUUCAGGGGUGCAUCCAGAAUCAGAGUAUCCAAAGUCGGUAGGUCGAUCAGAGCAGAAUUCAAACCCAAGCCACUCGAGUAUUUGGAUCGGGAUGGUUAUCGACUGGCUCCUACUCUACGGUCAAGAAGGGACGAUGAUGGCUAG